ACUCGCGUCGAGCCCAAGACGUUCCUCGCCAACGAGAGAACAUUCCUCAACUGGCUUUCUAUGUCGGUGACCCUCGGGUCAAUAGCGUCUGCUCUCGUGGCUUUCGGGAAGGCGAACUCGAGCCAGGCCGGGGCCAUUCAGAUCAUGAGCAACGUGCUUGUCAUCACGGCAAUCUGCUUCUGUGUGUACGCAAUGAACACUUUCUUCUGGAGGAGGAGACGCAUAAGGCGAAAGGACGAGGGCAGCUUUGACGACCCUUAUGGUCCCCUGGCUCUCGCCACUGUCCUCACUAUCUCCCUGGCAACGACUUUUGUAUGCUCUCUG